CGGGCGCGGUCACAAGUCUCGGGCAUGCGCUCGGCGGCUGCCAUGGAGUUCAGGGAUCGCUGCAGUCGCCGCCAGCGGCAUUGACAUCGGCAGGAGCGGGGCGUCGCAGAGCAGCCCUCGCCGCCCUCUCUCCUGGACCGGCCCCGACUGGGUACCAGGUGCAGGAUUCGGAUCACAGGAGAUCGGGGCGGUGGCGAUCCUGGUGAAUGAGUGGCGCCCGGCGCAGACCACAGGGGCACCCACAUAAUAUAUCACAUGCAGCAUAUUAAAAAAUUAUUAAUUAAAGAGUGAGACUACGAAACAUUCCGGUGAGGGAGGCGAAAAGGGCAGAGCGGGAAAAUGGUGCCACGAUCAUCUGACGAAUGUGACUACCUGAAAACAUGUGAAAAGUUGCUGGGAGGUGAAGUGAGGGAGUAUCGCAUUUUAUGUCAUUCUUCCAACAAACUGAAUUCCGAGUUGAAAAAGAUAUAAAGCUGUUGUAGAGGUUUCCCAGCCUGGCUUCAACCACGGAGUCUCCUGAUUGGAUGUGCCAUUCCCGUGACAAUGCAUUCUCUGGACGAGCCCCUGGAUCUGAAGCUGAACAUUUCCAAGCUCCGGAUGAUGAGGGGGAAGAAGCAGAGACGCCAUGAGGCUACGGAAGAGAGCAAUGCCCGGAGGGAGCUGAAGAUGACAGACGAUGGCACUGCUAUUAUGGCACCGGUAUCUCCCCAGGUCCCACAGACUGGUCCUUUUAUUGUCUCCCAGGCUCAGGAGAAGCAGGACUCCCGUUACUCUCCAUCCCAGAGCUCUGUAUCCAUUGUCGACCUGAGCCUGUCCCCUGGAUCUGCCCUCGACUCGCCCCCCAGCUCUGCCCUGCUGCCUGACGAGUUGCAGAAUGGUGGUGAAGAUUCUCCAGGUGUUGGGACCCCAGCCCGUUUCCUGGAGGGGACUCAGAGCUCCCAGACGUUUCAGUUCUUCCUGCCUCUGGGUUCGAGCAGCCCCGUGCACCUGCCAUCCUCUUUAUUAGUGACGCCCCCUAAGGAGGUGCAGGCCUUGCUGGAGCUCCCGGAAGAACAGCUGGCAUGCCGGUGGCGCAAGUGUAACCAGCUGUUUGAAUCACUUCAGGAUCUGGUCAAUCACGUCAACGAUUUCCAUGUCAAACCGGAGAAGGAAACUGGAUACUGCUGCCACUGGGAGGGCUGUGCCCGGAAAGGCAAGGGAUUCAAUGCCAGGUACAAGAUGUUGAUUCACAUCCGAACUCACACCAACGAGAAGCCUCAUCGCUGCCCAACCUGUAAUAAGAGCUUCUCCCGGCUAGAGAACCUGAAAAUCCACAACCGCUCACACACAGGGGAGAAACCAUAUAUCUGUCCGUACGAGGGCUGUAAUAAGCGGUACUCCAACUCCAGCGAUCGCUUCAAACACACGCGGACACAUUACGUGGACAAACCGUACUACUGCAAGAUGCCAGGUUGCCACAAGAGAUACACAGACCCCAGCUCUCUGCGCAAGCACAUCAAAGCCCACGGGCACUUUGUGUCUCCAGAACAGCAGGGGCUGCUGAAACUCCGACAGCCGGGGAAGACCCCCGUGGCAUCAGCUCACCUCAACGGGACACAGGUUCUCAUUCCCAAUCCAGCGGCCCUCUUCGGCAAUCAUCCCCUGCAGGGACUGGGGGCGUCUCUGCCGAUACCGAUUCACCCAGCCCCGCUGGACCUCAGCCCCCUGACCUGCAGCACUGUCACCUCGUCCCCAAUUCCCGCUGUCCCCAGCUCCAUCAUCUCCCUCAAUGGCACCCCGAUAAACCUGGCCAAAUCAACCUUGAUGUCCUCUCCGGUGCCGGCCAGCUCUCUGGGUCUUCCACUGAUGUCCUUGAUGAGCGGGUCUCAGAGCCACCUCCAGAGGCUGCCUACUUCAAAACCCAAAGCAGUUGGGUGCAAGAAACCGGACGAGAAGAUCAAAGGUCCCCUGUCGUUGGAGAGGGCUGAGGUGCGGUUGAGGUCCCCGGCGGAAGGUUUUUCUGUGCUCCCUGGCGCAGUGAUAGACUUAUCGAGCGGAAUGGGCUCCCUGCCAGGGGCUGACUCUCUUCCUCCAGCCUGGGUGGUGUUUCCCCCAGGUUCAGUCCUGCUCAAGCCCGCUGUGGUAAACUGAAUCUGAUCCAGCCAACCCAGCUGUGUCGGUCACUGACAGAGGCAACGAGCCCCAGUAACCAUCCUUCCUGAAAAUUCAUCAUCAAUUCCUCUCCCUGGUGGGUUGAAUGUUUGUCAGUGGUAACUUGACUUCAGACUGAAAGGAAAUGACUGAUCAGAUCCAGGUUUAGGUGCUAGGAGAGAACUUAUCUCAUUGUCUGGGGCAUCCCGAUCAGAUGAAUAUUUGUUGCCCACACCUGGGAAAGAACUGGGUGUAAGUCCAUCAGCAGAGGUUGGCUCCACCCCAGGGGUACAGAGGGAGCAUCCACCUCUUCUCACUCUCAUCACAGACCUCCUGCUUCUCUUCAAUCACUUACCAUCUCUUUGUUUUGCACCAGAUCAUGAUAAGAAGUUGACCAAAUUAUCCAUUGAUACUAGAAACCAGUCAGCAGAUGAAGCUUCCAACCAUCAUCAUCAUCAUAUGGCUCUGGGGAUUUGAACCCGUUGCAUUAGGUAUGGGAAAUGGUGGAGCCUGUAUCAGGAAGCAUCAGUGGGCAGUCAUGGAUCAGUUGGGAGACGGGUGACCUGGAGGAGUAUGAAGUUUAGUUGGGAAUUGGGGUCAGUGAGGGUAGGAACGGGAACUCUAGGGGCAGGAAUGUUGUUCAUUGGUGUGGAUCAGUGGGGGAGACAGCUCUGAGCCAUUGAACAAGUUUGGAAAGAAGCACUUUUUUUGUUGAACUAAACACAUGGGGCGCAAGGUGGGGAGGGGGUUGAAUUUCAACCCUUACUUCCAUCUUGCCAACUGUACUGAUUCAGAACAUUGAUAGCCUUUGUCCGCAAUUUGAAAGAACUUUGAAUCUCUGAUUAUUAUUCCUUCCCUCACACCCACAAAUUGUAUCAGAAGAUUGAAAGGGAACUUUAAAAAUUGCACACGGAUCUAUAUCUGGAAGCCACGGGUAGGCAUGUAUGCUUUCAGUGGCACACAGGAGUGGAACCAGUGUAGUCGUCUGCUGCUGUAACCCAUCCACUUGAACGUUCAAAUACGUGUUCAGAGAUGCUCUUCUGCACACCACUGUUGUAACGUGUGGUUAUUUGAGAUACUGUUGCCUUCCUGUCAGCUUGAACCAGUCUGGCCAUUCUCCUCUGACCUCUCAUUAACAAGGUGUUUUCACCCACAGAAUUGCUGCUCACUGAACAUGUUUUGUUUUUCAAACCAUUUUCUGUAAUCUCUAAGAGGCUGUUGUGUGUGAAAAUCCCGGGAGAUUAGCAGUUUGGCACCGAUCAUUCCAUGGUGAAAGUCAUUUUGAUCCUAUUUCUUCCCCAUUCUGAUGUUUGAACGGAACCUCUUAAUUAUGUCUGCAUGACUUGCUGCCACAUGAUUGGCUGAUUAGAUAGUUGCAUGAACAAACAGGUGGACCUAAUCAAGUGGCCAGUGAAUGUAAACCUUUUAUACAAAUCUACACGCAGGAGAAGUUCUGAUAAAAGUCAGUGUCCUGCUACCGUGUGAGAUAACGGUGAUCCUAAUCUUUAACCUUGAAGUGGACUGGCUACAGAAGCAGAAGAUUCUACUGCUGUACUGUACCUAAGGAAGUAACAUGACAGGUUUUACAGAAACCAAGUAUGACAUCUACAGGAAACAUAGGUUAAAUGCCAACUAUUGGUGAAUAUUUUAUACAUAGAUAGAACCUUGCAUUUGUUAUUUAAGGUGAGGGUCACUGCCUACAGCCCCCUCAGUUUAAAGAUAAUUUAUUCCCUGCAAUGGUUGGUUAGAAAAUGACCAAACUUCCUGUAUGAACAACCCUGAGCUAAUCCCACUGCCCCCUCCUGCUCUGUAUGAGUAGCCCAAACUGGUCCCAUUCUCUCCCCAUGGCCCUACAAGGUCCUGUCACAAACAUUUGCUGAUCUCUGUCCCCUUUCACUGCUUGCUCUGAACAUUGCGACACUCAGUUUUUAAUUAUUUUAUUUAGCAAUAGUGAGGAACAGGCCCUUCUGGCCACCCACCUAUUUAACCCCGAUGAGCCAUGCGACCCAGCAACCCUCCGAAUUAACCCCAGCAUGACAACUUACAAUGACUGAUUAACCACUAAGUCAUUGGAAUGUGGGAGGAACCUGGAGUAGCUGGAGGUUGCCAUGUGGAGAAUGUGAAAACUCCUUACAGACAGCAGUGGAAUUAAACCUGGGUCAUUGGCACUGUAAAGGGCUGCACUAACUGCUACACUACUCCUUUCUCUAAAACUCAGAUCCUCAAGUCCUGGCAACAUCCUUGUAAAUUUUCUAUGUACUCUUAAAAUCUGAAAAGAUUGUCCAUUAGCCUCUUGGUAUUUUUACACAUCUACUUAUCAUCACUGAUGCUCAGAAAGUUAUGUCUCAGGGAGUAACUUUAAAAGUUAACCCUGUCUUCCACCAUCUUACUCAAUGUUGACCAUCAUUCAGGAAUAGAGUCAAAAGUACAGCACAGAAACAGGCCCUUCAACCCAUCUAGUCUAUGCCAAACUAUUUAAACUGCCUAGUCCCAUCGACCUGCACCGAGACCAGAGCUCCCUAUACCCCUAUUAUCCAUGUACCUAUCAAAACUUAUCUUGAACAUUGAAAUCGAGCUUGCAUGCACACUUGAGCUACCUGCUUGUUCCACUCUCACAACCCUCUGAAGUUUCCCCUCAUGUUCCCCUUAACCUUUUCACCUUUCACCCUUAGCCCAUGAUUUCUGGUUGUAGUCCAAGCCAGCCUCAGAGGAAAACGCCUGUUUGCAUUUACACUAUCGACACCCCUCAUCAUUUUGUAUGCCUCUAUCAAAUCUCCCCUCAACCUUCUAUGCUCCAAGAAAUGAAGUCCUAACCUAGUCAAAUAGGAGGUCCAAAGGUGAACGUUGAUCCAAAUGUCCAAUUAGUACCACUUCUCAAAGGGAAAAUGAUCUACAAUAUCAUCCUGUGUCCUUAAUGUCUGAGCAAGGAGUGAGGUUGUUACUGAGAGCCAUUCCUAUUUAGCAGUGACGGACGACUGUGGUGAAAGGGAAAUUGCUGACAUGCAGCGAGAUUACAAUGCCCCUUGCCCAUGCUGCUGAAACUCUCAGUUCUGCCCUUUUCUUAACCUGGACAUGAAUGCUCCAAUAUGGCUAGACUUGUACUUUGGAACCUUGAAGAAAGCUUGUAAUGAGCCCGCUGCUCUACACUAGCUCCCAAAUAAUCAACAUCUUCAUUCUAAAUUUCUCAGCAAUGUUUCAAAUUCCUCUGCAACUUCAUCCCUGUCUAGUUCUCCAAACCUCUGAGAUUGUUACACUGCAAGCCCAGCUUCUCAAAUUUAACCCUUCUAUUGGUGGCUUUAACAUCUUUUGUCACAACUCAGAGAAUAUCGAACAUUACAAAACCCUUUGGCCCACAAUGUUGUGCUGACAUUUUAACCUAUGCGAAAAUCAAUCUAUCUUCAGGGAUUAAAAGAGGAUCUGUCCCAGGGGAUUAGAGACAAUGGUAAAAACAGUGAGUAAGUGAGAGGCUGAGGAAGAGAUGGCUCAGACAAACGAGGAAAGGAGACUGGAGAUGGAACAGGAGUUCUGAUGAAUGCUAAAUUUGCAGUGGAAUGGGGAACCACGAGCCCCAAAAAGGGAUGGGGGAGGAGAUCCUUGGCAAUUUUAUCUUAAUUUUAAAACAUUUCAUUAACUUAGUUUUACAGUUAAAUUCUCCAAAUCCCAUGGUAUUAACUGCAGAGACAUACAGCACUAAGCAGCAUCAUUUAAUCCCACAGUUAAGUGGAAGACCAAAUAGGCCAGGAUCAGAAUCAGGUUUAAUAUCAUUUUGUUAUUUUGUGGCAGCAGUGCAUUGCAAUACACAAUUAUAAAAACUGUAAAUUACAAGAAGAUAUUUUUAGAAUAAAUUAGUGCAAAAAGGGGGAAGAUAGUGUUCUUGGAUUCAUUGUUCAUUCAAAAAUGUGAUGACAGUAGGGAAGAACCUGUUCCUGAAAUGUUGAGUGUGUGUCCUCAGGCUCCUGUACCUCCUCCUCAAUGGUAGCAACGAGAAGGGGCAUCAGAAUCAGAUCUGGUUAAAUGACUCAGAAAGUCUGAACAUUGCCGUGUCCGGUUUCCACAUACAUGGUUUCACAGGUUGGAUGCUUACUCAGUGCUCUCACAUUGACAGGAAGAGGUUGUACUGUCAAAGUGUGUGUUCAUCCUAUGUGCUGCCUGUCAAAAUAUAAAGCUUUAAAAUUCUCUUUUAUGCUUCAUUCCUUUGAUAUUCCCUCAGAACUACCUCCUUGACCAGACCAGUCACCUGUCCCAAUAUCCCAUACCGUUUGAUGGUUAGUUUUUGUGGUAACAUUCCUGUUAAGCACAUGGGACAUUUCCCCUUGUUAAUGACUGGUUAAAAUGUUGUUUAUAUGUAUGAUUAUAGAUACAUUUUGUUAUCAGUUCAAUAACCAGUUUACCAGUUGGAAAACCUGUAGUAACCUACCGAUUCUGUCACCUCAGCCAAGAACCAUGAUAUUAGCACUGAUGAAGGCCAAUGGCAGAGAAUUAAACCAGUGAGAUCCUGUUAACUCUGGUAAUUUCAUACCAAUGCUCUCACACUGACAAGAAGAGAUCACACUGUCAAAGUGUGUAUUCUGACAAAGCAUACACCCUGUGUGCUGCCAGUCAAAAUGUAAAUCUCUCUAUAAGCCGUUUAUUAAUUUUACUAUUUCCAAGACAAAGAAACAUUUAUCUUUCUGCAGGAUGUACACUGUAUACUACUGUUAAGUGUACUCGGACCCCAGUGGGUCUAGACUUAUCUCCUCACCCUCUAGUAUUAAUAAGCUAAAUAAUAAUGGAUUAAGCUUUUUGUAAAAUGUCAUUUGUACAGUGUGUGCAUUAUUGGACGAGGCCCACCUGGGUCUGGACCAGAUUACCCAACAUUCCACAUCUUCCCAGCAGUAUUUUUGACAUGUUUCAAAGUGCCUUUUUACCGUACAAUCCAAGUAAGUGUGGCUCCCAUGAUGGAGAUGCACCAGGGUAGCAUUAGUUUUUCAGCCUCAAGCAGAUGCCCUGUACUGAAGUCCUCUGACAAGGGACACAGAUGAGGGAAAACGACAAUAAAGUUUAAUUUGUUAACUUA